GAACAGAAUCAUCCACCUCUCAAAAGGAUACGAGAGACAGUAACCACAUAUCAAUCCAUCCUUGUCCCAAGCCAUCAUCUUGCAUUCCAGUCCGGAGAACAGCUUCUUCUUCUUCUUCUUCUUCUUCUUCUUCUUCCUUCUCUUGUUUGGUGUUUUGGAUCAUCUGUGAGGCUUCGCAUGGAUGCUAACCAGUGGCAUCAGGGCAUAGGGCUGGUGAAGCCCAUGGAGGCUCAGUUUGCUUCCUCCACGACUGAAGCCACCACUUCAACUAGCAGGUGCACCACUACCAGGCCACAGGUGACGGAAAGGAGGCCAAGGCCACACAAGGAGAAGGUCCUCAACUGCCCUAGGUGCAACUCCACCAACACCAAGUUCUGCUACUACAACAACUACAGCCUCACCCAACCCAGGUACUUCUGCAAGAGCUGCAGGAGGUAUUGGACCGAGGGUGGAACGCUCAGGAACGUCCCUGUGGGUGGUGGAUCAAGAAAGAACAAGAGAAACUUCGUCUCCUCUGCCGCCACCAACUCUUCCUCCUCUUCCCCCAUCAUAGCACCCACAGCCACUGCAUCAACUUCCAGAAAGUUGCAUGCUGAUCUCAUCCCUCCAUACAUCUCGCUCUCCGCCAGCUCCGAAGCACCAAAGUUCCACGAGGGGCAGGACCUCAACUUGGCCUUCCGCCAACAGGACCUCCCUGAGUACAACUACCCCAACCUAGAAAGCAGCAGUGCCAUCAACAACACAUAUUUCUCUGCCAUGGAACUACUCAAGAGUGAGAUGACUGCAAGAGGCCUCGGGCCUUUCAUGCCGAUGACAGAGUACCCGACGGGAUUCGCACUGCAAGAAUUCAGGCCUCCUACUCUUAGUUUUCCUUUGGAUGGAAUCGGCGGCAGGGCUGGAUACGGGAGCUUGCCGGUGGUUGAGGAGAGCGCUGGUGGUAAGCUGCCGUUUCCUCUCGAGGACCUGAAGCCGGUAGUCCCAUCAAACAGUGUUGCGGACCAGUUUGAGCAGAAUCGGGGACAAGGUGGUGAUCCUCCAGGGUUUUGGAAUGGUAUCAUUGGAUGAGGAGGCUCACAGUCGAUAGAAGUAUGUUUUUGCUCAUCCAAAUUAAUUCUUGAUGGCGAUGUUGGAUCACUCUGUUUGCAGCUGCUCAGACCUAACAUAAGACAGAUGAAACCUAAGUCUCUUCUCUUCGAUUCCCAUUUUUUUCCUUCACUUCUUUUAGCUGUUCUAUAUGUGAAGCUUCAUUUUAUGUUGGCUUCAACAGGUUGUCUUAACAAGUAGAAGACUCUGAUCGUGUGGUGAUGGAAAGACCCCUUUUUCUUUUUCCUUUAAUUUUCUUUACUGCAGGGCAAAAAAAAUGAAAAAGAAAAAAAACAGCUAUAUAUGUAAGCAUACAGAUUGCCUGAUUAAGAAACAAGAAAUGGAGUUCCUGUGAUGUUUGAUAACACCAUUGCCAAGUUUGUAUGCACUGUGGAGUACUACUUUACUGCAAUGAAUACAAAGCACUGGAUGAAGUAUUUAUGUGA